GUUAUUUUAAGAAUUACAUGAUAAUCAUCUUAUAACAAUCUCAAUUACACUUGAUUUAUUUUAAGAAAUUUUUUAUAACUUAUUUAAUUUGAAAAAGAAAAAUAAAGCAUUCCCUCAUUUUCCCUUCAAAAUCCAACUUAUAAAGAUACCCUAAGGUAUGAUCUCAAUACACAUAAACAUAGUUACUGCUACAUAAUCCCUCCCGUAUGAAAUAUAAAAAAAAAUGUCAUAAUUUAAAAAUUGAUAUAUCUAAUCUAAAUCUAAAUUUUAAGUAAAUACAUGAAUCUUUUGCUAUCAUUUUUACCUUAACCACUGCGUACAACAGCAAAUUCCGUAGGUGCUCAUUGGUCCAAAUCCCAAUUUCCUCCUCCUAUUGUCGCAACCUCCUGCAUACUACAUCAGACCAUACACACUCCUAACAAACAAAGUUAAUCUUAUCCAACUUUGAUUCUUUUUAAUUACUUUGCUGCAUUUUUCCAAUAUCAACAGACCAUAAGCAAUAAAUAUCAGCAAGGACUGAAUUUGUUAAGAAGCUAAGACAUAAACAAUAAAUAUCUGAUCAUGUGUCUUUAAGAUUUUCAGUAACUUAGUGUGCACAUCUUAAAAAAGGUUAACACACCUGGAGUAUUUCACCUAACUGAGUGUGCACAUCUCAUUAAUAUGUGAGUAAAUACAAAAAAAUGAACAAACUCCACAAGUUUACAAAAUUAUGCAUUUCAUAUACAUUCAAUAACAACACUCUAUGUCUCACUUUUCUCUGUUCUCUAGCCUCUUUCUCUCUUGUCACUUCUUCUCUCACCCAAACAUACAACUAGUAUCUGCUACUUCUUUACUCAAGUUUUGUGAAAAUGAUCUUUAUACUUUCCAUAAACUUCUAAAAUAGUAUAUUUAGUUUAUAAAAUUGAACACUUUUACCCUUCAAAACUUGAAUUUUAUCUUGUAUUCCAUUUUAGUUUGAAAAUGACAAAAAACCAAAUAUAAAGCUGGCUUCCGUGUUUCAUGGAUUUGCAUCCAUAUGUCCCUCAGUCCCUCUUAUCCAUGUUAAACUCAAUUUACUAACAAAUUUGAAGUAUAGACUUUAGUAUAUCUCAAAUGCCAAAUCUACAAAUACACAAAUUUAACAAAAUACAAACGGCAAAGCAACUGUGUUAUUGGUAGCUAGUGCAUGCUCUUAAAAAAUUUCAAACUCAUCCAUGGCUUGCCACAUCGAACUAGCUAGUCUUCCUCUUUCCCCUUUCACCAUCUUCUUCAAUUUUGCAACCCCAAGAACCUAAUUUUCUCUAUCAAGUUUGCUCAAAAAACAGAUUCACGGCCAACAGCACCUACCAAGUAAACCUCAAACUCAUGUUUUUUUAUUUUUUUUUAUCUUCUAACCCAACCGGAAACACCCAAUUCUUCAACAACACUCUCAGUGAAUUUUUUUUCAAACAAAGUUCAUGGAUUAUUCAUGUGCAGCGGUGACAUCCCCUCCCAGCUAUGUACUUCGUGUGUUCCAAACACAAACAAGCAACUUAUCACAAAGACAUGGCGCUCUUUGUCCGUUACAGCAGUUAUGUGGUACAUGCACGGUUCGGUAUUCCAACAAUUCUUUCUUAUCCACCAUGGCCACAGGACCUGACUUUGUUCUUUUAAAUAUUUUAAAAAUAAACAAACAAAUUUAAGGUCAUGAUGACGAGGAGGAGCAGAAGAUGUAAAAGGGUCACUUGGGUUGAAAAAAAUAAAUAUAUAGUUGGUGUGUGACAUAUGGCUUUUUGGUGUGUGUCAAAAAUUUUGUCCUCAAGCAAAAGCAGCCAAGAUUGUUUCAUAAUUGAAGUGGGUUGAUACUUGAUGUUUUCCCAUGGCUUUUUGAAGGUGGUGGGGAGUAUAAAAUGAUUGAGUGGAAAUAGCAACAUGUAUAGAAAACAAAAAUUUGCGAUAAAGAUUGAAUCAAGGGAAUGAAAAUGAAUAAAUACCUAGUGGGUUGGGCUAGUAUAAUCAUAACUAUUACAUUAAUUAAUAAUGAUCAUUUAACUAAAUCUUUAAAGCAUACAAAAGGAAACAUAUGUAUCAGCCUCCUCAUCCCCCUUGAGAAGUAUGGGUUCCUUCCAUUUUCUGUUUUCACUCUCAACUUUAUUUUGCCUCUUUAGUCAUUGUUCUCCUUCUCCCAUCAUACAAGCUGCUACUGAUAAUGUUACACAUGCUUACUAUAACUGCACAAGGAACACUACUGCUACCAAUAAUGCUUACCGUUCCAACAUCCAAACACUCUUAAAAUGGAUCUCUUCCAAUAGCACUAACAAUGCAAGAUACUACAACACCACAGUUAAUAGCCAAAACACUGCAGACACUGUCUAUGGUUUCUUCCUUUGCAUUAGAGACACUGAUCCCAAAAUCUGUCAGUCGUGUGUGAUAGAAGCAGCCAAACUCAUAUCAUCAUUGUGCACCACAUCAAUAGAAGCCAUAGUUUGGUACACAGUAUGCUAUGUACGGUAUUCUGACCGUUGCUUCUUUUCCACCGUGGAGAAAAGUCCAGAAAUUUCUUUCAUGAAUGAUAAGGAUUAUGUGGGUGAGGUUGAGCGCUUCAACAACAUUGUCUGGGAUAUGUUGAACGAUUUGAGAAGUGAGGCAGCAAAUGCUUCUUCUAAAUUGGCUGACAAGUCAGUGAACAUCACAGCACACCAGAAACUAUAUGGCUACGCUUGGUGCACCCCAUACCUAUCAGCAGAAAAUUGCAGCUGGUGUCUUAGUGAUGCCAUAGCAGAAGUUCCAACCAGUUGCUGCCGAGGAAAAUCUGGAGGCUCAAUAAUAUAUCCUAGUUGUGGUGUUAGAUUCGAAUUAUAUCCAUUCCACAAGGCACACAGCAAUAAUGCUUGGGUACGACCACCCCCACUGCCAACAAGUCCUCUUCCUUCAGCUCCUCCAGGAAAAGAAAAACAGAAGACACUAAUAUCAAUUGUGAUCGUUGUUCCAGUUGUUGUAUCACUGGUGCUUUCAGUCUUGGGUUGCUGUUGCUUUCUAUAUAGAAAGGAAAGAAAGAAUCAACAUGAUAUCCUCAAAGAAAGCUUUGGGAAUGACAUUACCUCUUUGGAGUCCUUGCAAUUUGAAUUAGCCACAAUUGAAGCUGCAACAAACAGAUUUGGUGUAGAAAACAGGAUAGGGAAAGGUGGAUUUGGAGAAGUCUACAAAGGAAUUCUCUCAGAUGGACAAGAAAUUGCUGUGAAGAGGCUUACAAGAAGCUCCGGGCAAGGUGCAGAAGAGUUUAAAAAUGAGGUUCAAGUUAUAGCUAAGCUUCAACACAGAAAUCUAGUGAGGUUACUAGGAUUUUGUUUGGAAGAUGAAGAGAAGAUACUUAUCUAUGAGUAUGUGCCAAACAAGAGUCUAGAUUACUUUUUAUUUGAUCCCCAUAAGCGAAAACUGUUAUCUUGGUCUCAACGCCAGAAGAUCAUCAAAGGAGUUGCCCGUGGAAUUAUUUAUCUACAUGAAGAUUCUCGCCUCAAAAUAAUACACCGUGAUCUGAAACCUAGUAAUGUCUUGUUAGAUAGUAAUAUGAACCCAAAAAUAUCAGAUUUUGGCAUGGCUAGAAUCGUGUCUGGAGAUCAAAAUGAAGAAAGUACUUGCAGGAUUGUAGGGACGUAUGGUUAUAUUUCUCCAGAAUAUGCAAUGCAUGGAUACUUUUCUGCGAAAUCAGAUGUGUUUAGUUUUGGAAUCAUGGUUCUAGAGAUUAUCAGUGGAAAGAGGAAAGGUUGUUCUACUGACUCAGAGUGCGUUGAUGACAUCCGAAGAUACAGCAAACGCCUCUUGAACUAUUGGAUCCUAAUAUAGAAGGAACUUAUUCCCAUGAAGAAGUAAUCAAGUACGUCCACAUUGGCUUGUUAUGUGUUCAAGAAGAUCCAAAUGAAAGACCUACAAUGGCAACAAUUGCAUUCUACCUCAACAGCCCUUCAAUCAACCUGCCACCACCUCUUGAACCGCCAUAUUUUAGGCGUAGUAGAAUUGAAGAAAACACAACCCUCAGCAAGGAAUUGGGCAAUACCAGUGAUUCCACCAAUGGAAUCACUAUGACUACAUUCUUUCCUCGUUAAGGCAUGGGUGAAAACAGUUUUUGCUGUAUCAAUAUUAUUAUCUACAUUCUACUGUUACAUAAUGAUUAUAGACCACAUACUUGAACCAUAUGAAAUACAAUUUGAAUAAAUCAUUCAAGAGUUUGAAAACAAUGUUAAGUUAUAAAGUA